AUGGAGCGACCCAACUUACUACACUGGAGAUAUAAAUAUCUUCAUAAAAUACGGAAAUAUCGUCAAGAAAAACGGAAUAUUGUUAAUUUGAUUAAUUUGGAUGAGACCUGGAUAGACAACGACCUAACUUUUAAGAAAUGCUGGCAGAGCAACACUGUUUCUGGUGUAAUUAGCAAUGUAGGCUCGAUAGGUCGAGUGAUAAUCGUCCAUGCUGGUUCAGUAAAUGGAUUUGUUGACAACGCGUGUUUAAUAUUUAAAGCGGGGUUAGCUACUGGUGAAUACCAUGUCCAGAUGAACAAGGAAAAUUUUACUCGGUGGCUUACAGAAAAACUGCUUCCUAAUAUACCGCCCAAUUCAGUAAUCAUUUAUGACAAUGCUCCGUAUCACUCCGUCCAAGAGGAUAAGACUCCAACCAAGUCAUCUUUGAAAAAAGACAUAGUAGCUUGGUUAACGAAAAAAGGAAUUAAUCAUGACGCGACCGUAAGAAAAUGUGAUUUGUUUGAUCUAGUUCUACUCCACAAGCCUCCUGAUCAUGAAAAAAAUUUUGUAGUGGAUCGUAUUUUUAAAUCACAUGGCCAUAUACCAGUCCGAACGCCCCCGUAUCUAUGUGAAUUGACCCCAUUAGAGCUGACUUGGGCAAAACUAAAAUAUAUUAUAAGAAGCCGCAAUACAACUGGGAACUUCAACCUAACGGCACUAAAAGAAGUGACCAAUGAAGCUAUGUCUUUAAUAUACCCUCAUGAUUGGCAGAAAUUUUGCCAACAUGUUAAGGAUAUUGAAGACAAAUUUUGGGAGAAUGAUCAGAAAAUGGUUAACUUAGAUAACGGGAAACGAAAACGGAAAAUAGUUCCAAUGAGAAACCCUAAUACGACUAUUAAGUAUUCUUGGAGAUCUUUAAAAUCCGGCACGCCAAUGGUCAUUUUAUGA